AUGUCUGCUUCACCCAUGACCAUUUCAGCUCGGCGUCCGAGUCCGGCGACGAAUCAUGAGACUCGAGGCGGUGCUGCUAGUCUGAGCUCUGCCUCUGCUCGCGCUCCAAGAGGCGCUGAUUUGUAUGGCACCACACCAGGAGGGUGAGUCGCUUGCGUUCGCCGAGACUGCCGUCGGUGCAGCAUUGGGUGCAAAAAUCUUCGGGCGAGAAUCGCGGGAAUGGGAGGGGGGUGGGGGUGGGGGCAGCCGGACCGCGUGCAGCAAACGGAGCAGCACGCACACGCUCGAUCCUCGCAUCGAGGGGCUGGCGGAACAGUGAGACAUUCAAGUGUCUAGCAAUUCGCGCCAAUCUCACCAGCAUUCUUCGCACUCCCUGCUUUCGCUUCAUUGCAGCUCUCGUCUAGUGUACUCGCGCGAGCAACUACUACAGCUAGCUUCUUCUCCCCUCUCGGCCAGCCCGCCAAAGGGUCUAGGUCCCAACGGCAUUCCAGCUGAAAUCUCUCGUUCGCCCGAAAAGUCCUACUACACUUACGGUUCCAGCUACGGCUCUCAGGCGGGACAAGUUGAUCGGGCUUCUGUGAUAGAGACGAACGGAACAGGAACCAUCGACUCCGGCUCGGGCGCAGUAAGGUCGAUCUUUGGACGCACGCCCGAGAAUUUCGAUGUCUCCUCCAGCAAAAGGGCGCACCAGAAUCACAGUCACAGUGCGCAAGUAGCGUCGACGACGUUUAGAAGCUCCACCGCUCCUGGCUCUUCUUUCGCUACUGCAGCGACGGGCGCAGGGCAAGACCAUACGAACAAAGGUGGGGCGAUCAGAGGUUUCGCACCUUCUUCCCCAAGCGCCAUCAGAACGCGUUCCCCGUCCACCUCCUUCAACAUCAACACUACCAGUCCGAGCAGCAAUGCGGCAGCUGGAAGUCCCAUCACUGCCAGGUCUGGCGCUCCUCGGUCUCCAGGUUCAGCCUUUACCUUUUCGGGUCCUGUCAGUCCUACACAAAACACCUCCUCAGCCAGCAGCAGCAAAGCAGGCGGAGCAAGAACAGGACAUGGUCGACCGCGCGAUAGUUCUAGCGCCUCGCCGUCUCGUGAGAAAGGCACCGUCAUUGACUCUGCCACCCCCGCCGCCGCUGCUGCUCGUGAGACCAACACCCACAAUGACGAGCACUUCCACAUGGACCUCUAG